AUGAUGGCUAGGAGAGCACUCAAGUUUCUUUACUGCCACGGCCUUGGCUCUUCCAUCCAUAAUCGCACUGGACAGGCGCUGGUAACCUACUUCAAUGGAAAAGAUCAUUACUUUGAAAGAUUAGUUUAUACAAACCCUGGUGAUGCCAAAAAAGUCUGGAGGAUUUCAGAAUGGAAGGAUGAUAUCAAGAAUAGGAUCAAAAACGAUCAAUGGAUACUCAUUGCAUCUAGUGCUGGAGGACAUUGCGCUCUGAAUGCAGCGAGAGAGUUACCUGAAAAUGUCAAAGGAUUGUUUCUUUUUUCUCCUGGCAGUAAUCUGAAUAUGUCUUAUUGUGAUCGCAUAGCUCCCGGUGCAGCAGAGUUGCUGAAAGCUGGCAAAAAACUUGUACAUCCAGCUUCUCGAAACGGAUAUCCUGCCUUAGUUGACUAUGACGGAUUUCAAAGCUUCAUUGAUACCUGUGUCACAACAUCUUCUGGAGAAAUUGGAAUCGAAUGUCCUGUUCAUAUAGUUCAUGGAAAGAAAGAUGAUACAGUUCCAUAUCAAAACUCUUUAUCACUUGCAAAAAGGCUGAGGAGUAAGGACGUGGAAAUAACUUUAGUAGAGGAUGGGACUCAUUUUAGAAAGGAAGAAUACUUCCAAGCUAUGAACAACCGAUCUAUAGCCCCAGCACUCUUGAAAUGA